AAGGAAACCCCAAAAAUCUCGGUUGGCGAUCAUGUGCCAUAAAUACUUGUAAAAAUUCUUUCCAUAUCAAAUCAACGGAUCUUCGGCUUAACGCUCCCUUUCCUUUGUGGAAUUAUUAUUUUUCAAAAUCCGUUAAGCUCUAAAUUUCACCUUCUUCCCCAAGAAAAACCCAAACCCUUGAAAUUCAACAACAUUCAGAUUCAAUUCGACCAUCCAGUUUCAUCAAUGGAGUGGGUUCGAGGAGACGAACUAGGCCGUGGAAAUUUUGCGACGAUUAGUUUAGCCAAAUUGACAAAAGGGUUUGAUCAGUUCCCGCCGUUAAUGGUGGUCAAAUCCUCUGUUUCUUCUCUAUCCUCUGUUUCGCUCAAGAACGAGAAGCAAAUUCUCGAUCGGAUUGGGAUUUGUCCACAGAUUAUUACUUGUUUUGGCGAUGGAUUCAGUGUUGAGAAAGAUGAGGAGAAGCGUUAUAAUUUGUUCUUGGAGUAUGCCAAUGGCGGAAGUCUUGCGGAUGUUGUGAGAAUCCAUGGCGGCGGUGGGUUGCCGGAAUUCGAUGUUCGAAGGUACACCAAAGCGAUUCUUUGUGGACUCCGGCACGUUCAUGGUAAUGGGUUUGUUCAUUGUGAUUUGAAGCUUUCGAAUGUGUUGGUUUUUGGGAAUGGUGAUGUUAAAAUCGUUGAUUUUGGGCUUGCUAAAGCGGCUGGAAAAAUUACGGCGGCGGAAACAGAGGAGAGAUUGGAAUGGAGAGGAACUCCGAUGUAUAUGUCGCCGGAGACUGUUAACGGCGGUGAGUAUGAGUCGCCGUGUGAUAUUUGGGCGUUGGGUUGCGCCGUCGUGGAGAUGGUGGCUGGAAAGCCGGCGUGGAGGGUUGGGCCGGAAACAAAUAUAUUUGGGCUGAUGAUGAGGAUUGGAGUCGGAGAGGAAGUACCGGAGAUACCAGAGAAUUUAUCGGCGGAAGGGAAAGAUUUUAUUCGGCGGUGUUUUGUCAAGGAUCCAAGGAAGAGAUGGACGGCGGAAAUGCUUUUGAAUCACCCAUUCGUCGCCGGUGCCGGUGAUACUGUUACAUUGAAGGAAGCGACAGAGUCGCCGACGGGGCCUUUCGACUUCCCGGAAUUUGUUUGUUCCGACCAAGGUUCUGAUGAGUGGAGUUUCUGUUGUUCAAAUUCGUCACCGGAGAUGUUGAGUAGGGUCCGGCGGCUGGUGACAGGGGAGCCUGUGGAUUGGUCUGUGAUGGAUAGUUGGGUCACAGUGAGGUGAUCAAAUUUGUGGGAAUAAAAACAAUUUCUUUCUUUCUUUCUUUCUUUUUUUCUUUUUUGAUAGAUGAGAGGAAAAUAGAUUUUAGGAAAAGAUUUCGGAAGUACAUAUAUUUUUUUAAAAAAAAUAGUAUGAGAAGCUGAUAAUGUUUUGUUCCACGCUACUGAUUGUGAGACUGUUUUGUCAUUAUGUAUAUAAUUAUUAGUAUAGUGAUAAACCACAUAGCUAUUGAAGUUGGAAAUUGUAUAAAAUU